AUGGAUUCUGAGGGAGUGUUGAUGUCGUUUCUCCAUGAGCAUCCUAUGAUGCCUUGGAAUGAUCUGAGCAGAGGUGAAUGCUGUGGAUUCUUUGAAACUAUCAGUGAUGGUUACUACUGCAAACGCUGCGAUUUUUUUGUCCACAAAGAAUGUGCCGAGUCCUCCGAAACAGUCAAGGAUCCAUCUCACUCCAUCCACACUCUUUUCCUUAAAAGUCAUUACGAUAAACACUGCAGCUUAUGUGGGAUAUACAUCGAGAAUCUAUUCUAUCGUUGUGAUGGCAACUGUGACUUCAGCGCUCAUUUACGUUGUCUAAGGAAUCCACCACCAGAGGUUAUUGACGUUUCUGAGAAGCAUCACCAUAAGCUCACACUUCUCAAGGAGCGGAUCCACUUCGACUGUGAUGCAAAAUGUGGGAAGAUGAUAGGUGCACAGUUUCCAUACAAAUGUCAUGAAUGUGAAUUAUUCUUCCAUGUGGAUUGUGUAUGGCGCCAAUCAGAGUUAAUUCACCCUUCAGAGGUAAACCACUCUUCCCACUCGUGGCACCCUCUUAAGCUCCACACAAGUCCAUUACCGGGCUAUUCUGAUGGAAAUUGUCGUCUUUGUGCGAGAAAAAUUGAUAAUAGAUUGUUUUAUCAUUGUUCUUUUUGUAACUUCACCUUGGAUAUGCGUUGUGUUUUGAACCCACCACAACAAUAUCUUCUGAAUCUGAAAGCACAUGAUCACCAACUCACCCUUCUCCCACGACUCGAUUCUUUUACAUGUAAUGCUUGCGGUUUGAAGGGAGAUCGAAGCCCUUACGUGUGUUUUCAAUGUGGUUUUAUGAUUCAUCAAGACUGUCUUGACCUUCCACGCGUCAUAAACAUUAAUCGGCAUGAUCACCGUGUUUCUAGAAUUUCUGUUCUUGGUGUUUAUACAACUAUGAAUUCUAUGGGAGUGUCACUACCGUUGAUCCACGAGCAUCUUAUGAUGCCUUGGAAUGAUCCUAGGAGAGGUGAUUGCUGUGGCCAAUUUGAAGCUACCAUCAGUGAUGGCUACUAUUGUAAAAGCUGCAAUUUUUUCGUUCACAAGAAAUGUGUCAAUGAGUCCUCCGAAUAUAUCGAGCAUCCAUCUCACCCCAAUCACACUCUUCAGCUUCGACGUCCUGACCCAGACGGCCGUGUAUGUUGUGAUUUAUGUAGCAAGUAUAUCAAGACUCUAUACUAUGGUUGUGAGAUCUGUAGCUUCGACGUGGAUCUAUACUGUGCCAAAUACCCACCACCAGAUGUUGUUGACAAUUCUGAGACUCAUCACCACAGGCUCACCCUUCUCAAGGAGCUGAUCCACUUCGGUUGUGAUCAAUGUGGGAGGAUUGGUUAUGGGUUUCCUUACAACUGCACUGAAUGUGAUUUAUCAUUCCAUGACCAUUGUGUAUUGCUUCCGUUAGAGGUAAACCACUCUUACCACCUCUGGCACCCACUUAAGCUCCACAGAGGUAAAUUACCAGAAGAUUCUGAUGGAAAAUGUCGGCUUUGUGCAAGAAAUAUUAACUUUUAUGAUAAUUCUUCUUAUCAUUGUUCUUCCUGUAACUUCACCUUGGAUAUGUAUUGUGUUUUAAACCCACCGCUACCACAUCUUCUGAAUUUGAAAGCUCAUGAUCACCAACUCACCCUUCUCCCAAGACUCCGUUCUUUUACAUGUAACGCUUGCGGGUUGACUGGCGAUCGAAGCCCUUACAUAUGUGUUCAGUGUGACUUUAUGAUCCAUCAGGACUGUCUUCACCUUCCACGCGUCAUAAACAUUAAUCGGCAUGAUCACCGUGUCUCUCGAACCUCUGUUCUUGGUGUCAUGAAUUCUGUAUGUGGAGUUUGUAGGAAGAAGGUGGAUUGGACUUGUGGAGGAUUUUUUUGUCAGCGGUGUCCUGGCUAUGUGGUUCAUUCAAAAUGUGCUACUAGGUAUGAUGUGUGGAAUGGGAAAGAGCUCCAAGGAGUACCUGAAGAAACAGAGGAUAUAGAGCCAUAUGUGGUGAUAGAUGACAACACAAUAAUACAACAUUUUAGCCACAAAGAGCAUUACCUUAGACUCCACGUUAAUAGUGUUCUUUGUGACGACAACAAGCGGUGCAACGCAUGCACACAUCCCAUUUGUCUCCAGUCCUUCUACGGCUGUAUGGAUUGCGACUUCAUUCUCCACCAAAACUGUGGCGGAUUUCUUAGAAAGAAAUGGCAUGUGCUACACAAUGAACGUCUUACUUUACUUACAAACGAGGCUGAUUACGAGGCUGAUUACUUUAAGUGUGAUGCUUGCAAGAGAUGGUCCAAUGGUUUCAGAUACCAUCACGGGCAUAACACAUUCGAUGUUCAGUGCAUUUCAAUUACUGAGCCAUUUUUUCAUCCAAGUCAUACUGAUCAUCCUUUAUAUAACAUUUCGAAAGAUAGAGAGAUGAGUUGCAAUGGCUGCAAUGAGAAGGGUUAUGAUGUGUUAAGAUGCAUUGAAGAUGAUUGUAAAUUUGUCUUAUGCUUCAAAUGCGCCACUUUACCACAAGUGGUAAAGCAUAGAGUUGAUGAUCAUCCUCUGUCACUAUGCUAUGGCGAAAAGGCAAGUGGUAAAUUCUGGUGUGACAUUUGCGAAAAAGAAACCGACCCAAUGACAUGGUUCUACACGUGUAAAGGUCACCAUGCUAGUUUGCAUACGAAGUGUGUGCUCGGAGACUUUUCAAAUCUCAUGCCAAGAAGCACAAUUGAGAAUUGGUUCCAAUUGUUUGAGGUGGUGCUCAAUGAUACCAUAUCUCGUCCAUUUUGUAGUUACUGUAAGUUGCGUUGUAUUUUUCCUAUCAUUUUGAAGAGAGCUGGAACCUCAUAUGAAUACUUUUGCUCUACUUUUUGCUAUAGUACCGUCUGAAGCAAGAUGUCUAGCGAGUGGGGGUUUUCUUUUAGAUUUGUACCAUUUCUUUUUACAACAGUUCAUUUCCAUUAUAAGUUGAUUUCCUUUAAUGUGUCAUUUAUCUAAGAAUCUUGCAGUUUUAGUUCUAUAUGACCUAACCUGUUCUG